AGAGUAGUGCUUUGUGGUGGAAAUGUGCCACACAUGAAUAAAACUGUUUAACCUACUUCCCCAGAAAAAAAAAUCCAGUCUUUGAAAUGUUUCCAAGGGUUAUUUUGAGUGCAAAAGAUGAGUCUUUUUGCUUCCAAUCAUACUCUACACUUCAAGGAAAUUUCAAGAUUGUUAAUUAGGUUGUGAAAAAAUAGAAUUGAUGUGAAUAAAAAAAAAUGGGGGAGAAUUUUAGUGGCAAAGUUGAAGGGCUGCCACCACCGCCGUACACGGCGGUGGGAUUAGCUAUAAGUGGAAGUGAAAAGAGCAAAACUAUUAUCAAAUGGGCUCUGGAAAAAUUUGUUCCAGAAGGAGUUGUCCGUUUCAAGCUGCUCCACGUUCGCCCCGUUGUUUCUAGAAUCCCGACUCCUAUGGGGAACAGCAUCCAGAUUUCUCAAGUUCAUGAUGACGUGGCAGCCGCAUUCCGAAAGGAAAUCCAGAGCCAAGUGUCCGAAAAGCUUCUCCCUCAUAAGAACAUGUUUGAAGAAAAAAGGGUACAUGUGGAAAUCAUACAAAUAGAAUGCAACGACGUUGUAACUGCAAUAUCUGCAAAUAUUCACAAGCAUAGGAUCAAUAGACUAAUUAUCGGUGCUUCAUCUCGCAGUAUUUUCUCAAGGACACGUACAUUGUCAUUAAAAAUAUCGGAAUCGUGUCCGAGUUUCUGCACUGUAUAUGUUGUCUACAAAGGGAAACUAUCAUCGUUAAGGCCUUCCGAUUCGGAAGGAAACAUAAGCUUUAGAGAUGACAGUAGCGAAACAACUUGUUCGAGUUCUGAUAAUAAUUCUUCAAGCUAUACUUCUAGCUCAAGAACAGAUUGUACAACGGACCAAGAUUCAGUCGCGCAUUUCCGAUCAGCUUCACUCCCAUUGCCAUUGCAGCGAUUUCAAGCUCUUUCAAACAUAAACCAGACCCUCCAUAAAAAAAUGCCUUCAACUGUGAUCGCACCGCAUUCAAGAAAUUUAACGCUCGAUAAUGUCGCGGAUAAUUUUCCCAGUGGCUCAGAUGUAAAUUACUACACAACUGCCAAGAACAACUUUAAUAGUUUCACAAGCUCGUCUGCAGAUGAUAAUAAUCCUUCGUCUGAUCAAGCUUCAACUUCCGAUAAUACCCCUACCAAGAAUCAGGCUGACGUAAAUUUCGAGCUUGAAAAAAUGAGAGUCGAACUGAGACAUAUUCGAGGAAUGUAUGCAAUGGCUCAAGGCGAAGCGAUUGAUACUUCUAGGAAGUUAAGUGGACUUCAAAAACGUCGUUUGGAAGAGGAAACUAAUCUCAGAAAGAUAAGUUUCAAAGAGAAAGAAGCCAAAGAGUUGGCCAAUAAGGAGAAAACGAGAUACGAAGAUGCUAAAAAAGAAGCGGAAUUUGUCAACGAAUGUGCCGAAAGAGAAGCCGAAGACAGAAGAGAUGCCGAAAUAUGGGCAGCCCGCGAAACCAAAGAAAAGGAAAAUCUCGAAAAUGCCCUCAACGGAUCUUUAAUUCAAUACCGUAAGUUCACGUGGGAAGAAAUCGUAGAUGCAACUUCGUCUUUUUCCGAUGACCGUAAAAUCGGAAUGGGAGCGUACGGCACUGUGUAUAGAAGCACCUUUCACUACACAACCGCCGCUGUAAAAGUCCUCCAUUCGAAGGAUGCAAGCAGAACUAAGCAAUUUCAGCAGGAGCUGGAUGUAUUGAGCAAAAUUCGCCAUCCGCAUUUGCUGAUUCUUAUCGGUGCAUGCAUAGACCACAGUUGCCUUGUAUACGAGUUUAUGGAAAACGGUAGCCUCGAAGAUAAACUGAUUCGGAAAAAGAACAAAAAUAACGCCCCACCACUACUAUGGUUCGAUCGAUUCAGAAUUGCAUGGGAAGUGGCUUCAGCACUUUCCUUUCUACACAGCGCAAAGCCGAAAGGUAUCGUACACCGUGACUUAAAACCAGCAAACAUACUGCUCGAUAUUAACAACGUGAGCAAAAUCGGAGAUGUCGGACUUUCGACGGUGGUCAACAAAGAUUCCAUUUCGGUAUCCGGUCUAGUGGGUACCCUUAGCUAUAUUGACCCCGAGUACCAAAGGACGGGGGUCGUGGCCCCCGAGUCGGAUGUUUAUGCUUUCGGGAUGGUUGUUUUGCAACUUAUUACGGGAAAACCGGCUACAGCGUUGACUCAUAAAGUGGAAACGGCAGUGGAUAAUGAUCGGUUAACGGAGUUAUUAGAUAAAAAGGGCGGUGAUUGGCCGAUCGAAGAAACGAAGGUUUUAGCUCGAAUGGCGUUGAAGUGCACCGAACUUAGACGAAUUGAUAGGCCCAAGAUGAAAGGUGAAGUCUUGCCCGUUUUGGAGAGGUUGAAGGAUUUUGCUGAGAAAGCUCCAAACUUGGCUCUCGUUUCUGCUCCUACACAGUUUAUUUGUCCCAUCAGCAAUGUUGUAAUGAGUGACCCGUGUGUGGCUGGUGAUGGAUAUACGUACGAUCGAGGGGCAAUAGAGAAGUGGAUUAAGGUGAAAGACACGUCUCCGGUCACUGAUUUACAAUUGCCACAUAAACACUUAAUUCCUAAUUACACCCUUCUUUCAGCUAUUAUGGAGUGGAAGUCUUGAACAAUCGACCUAAAUUUUUUCGUGUACUUUGUUUCGAGCAAUUUGUAAGGUCUGUAAAUGAAGAAUUUUGUCUGGUUUAUUUGCCAAUUACUAUAUUUAUAUAUUUUAAGUUGGAU